AAGGAAAGCGAAGAAACAGCUCCCGCCGACUCGACGUAUAAAUAGCUUAGGGUUUGAGAAGAAACAAGGAUCGCCCUUCACUCCUCUCCGCCUAGGGUUCUACCACCGCGAAGCUGAAACAAUGGCAUUUUGGGGAAUUGAAGUGAAACCUGGAAAGCCAGUCACUCAUUAUUUUGACAAUGCGAGAGGAAGGCUCCGAAUUUCUCAGGCAACAUUGGGAAUUGGCAAUGUUGAAACUAAAAGUUUGGUACAGUGUAAUGUGGGGAACAAGAGUCCUGUUUUCCUCUGUGCUUUGUUACCUAACAAGACAGAGUCGUGCCAUUUGGAUUUAGAGUUCGAGGAGGCAGAUGAUGUGGUUUUUUCUGUUCUUGGUCCAAGAACUGUUUAUCUGACUGGUUACUAUGUGGGUAACAGUGGACGAGCAAAUGUAAACAGUGAUACUGAGUCGUUUGGGGAGGAUAUUGUAGAUACAGAAACAGGGGAAUCCUGCCACGGGACUGAUGAGGACGAGUAUGAUGAUAGCUUUAUCAAUGAUGGUGAACCAGAAAUAUCCCCACCUUCACAUGCUUCAAGCAGCGGAGUUCAAGUAGACGAUGAGAACUUGUCAGACAAUAAGCUUCACAAACACAAUAGCAACCAUAAAAGGCUUAGGAAGAAGUACCAAGUAAGUGAGUCCGAAGAUGAGGAUAUCUUGCAGGACACAGAUGAAGACAAUUGUCUCUUAUCUGCACUUAAGAAGAAAGCUGAUGUGAAGGCUAAAACAUCAGAAGAUAAUCAAAAGAAUGACAUGCUAAGUGCCGAGGCUCCUCAUAGGACAGAAAAUGGUGGCACGGUGGAACAUGAAAAGGCAAAUGAGCACAGACAUGAAAAUAGCAUUAAAUCGAGCAAGAAGAGGAAACAGCCUGAGGGCAAUGGUCGUAAACUUCUUGAAGCAGAUACUAGCAGUGAUGGGAAGGACAACAAAGAGGAUAACACAAAGCUGGUUGACUCUGGGACGGCAGUGAUUAAUACGAAAGAUGGCAAAUUUGAUACUCUAGAGCCUCCAGCAGAGGAGGAUUCUAAACGUGGUCCAAAGUCAAAGAAAAGAAAACAUUCUGUGGAAGCCAAAUCUGUUGAAAGCCAUGAUACAACAGCUGAUAUCACUCUUAAAGAGGGUAAACUGAAACAAGAUCCACUAAAAGCUGGUCAGCAGGAUGAGGAUCCAUUUGCAUUUGCAUUAGAUGAAGAAGAUCAAAAACUGACAAUCAAUAAAAGCAUUGAUGGAAAAUCUGACUCCGUAGCUGAUGGGCACCAAUUGGAUAAGAAAAUUAAAAAGAAGAAGAAAAAGAAGACGAAGGCUCAGGAGGACUGUAUGGUUAACAUUGAUCUUCCGGUUCUGCAAGAGAAUGAAAUGAAUAGACAAUCCGUGGAUGUUGAGGACAAGAGUCUGAAGGUCAAGUCUACUGUAAUAAGGACUUUAUCUAACGGGUUGACCAUUGAAGAGCUUGCAACGGGUGAACCCGAUGGAAAAUUGGCUGCUCCAGGAAAGAAGAUCAAAGUUUAUUACACUGGCAAGCUAAAGGAGAAUGGACAAAUUUUUUACUCAAAUAUUGGAAAAUCUCCAUAUAAGUUUCGGCUAGGCGACAAAGACAUCAUAGAGGGAUGGAACCUUGGUCUUGACGGCAUGCGUGUGGGUGAUAAAAGAAGGCUCACAGUCCCGCCAUCAAUGGGCUACGGUAAUCAGGGAGCUGAGGAGAAUAUCCCACCAAACUCGUGGUUGGUGUAUGAUAUUGAAUUAAUUGGAGUCCGUCGAUAACUCCAGCUUAGCAUUAUUCAUUCGUGGAUGAAAGAUCAUCUAUAGGAACUUAUCGUUUCUUGAAAUUUUGUCACGUGAACUCUCUGUGGAAGUUGGUGCUGAGGCAGGGUCUAGACAAAGAAUUAGCGACAGAAAUUACAACCACUUUCUUCAUUACCAGGACCGAUUUGUUGAGGAAAAGCUA